UAGAUUGCGAUGCGGCGAAGUGUGGUUGCGCGAAAAAAUUUCUUGACGUCGCAAAAAUCUACAAUAGCUUGCAAUAAAUGCACUAAAACGCAGUCAAACAAUACGCAAACCAGUGACAAACGCUGAACGUACAUGGCGUAACAGUUAAAUAUUGAAAAUCCGCACCCGCAGCUCAACGCAGCUCUGUUUAAAGUGUAUUACCUGACGACAACUACACAAACACUCCUACACACAGAUAUAUUAUACACACACACAUAUACACAUAUAUACAGUAGUGGCCCUCUGCCCCCUGUUGUCCGCGCACACAUCGAUGAAAUAACAUACAUAACGUAUACCGAAAAUACAUAAGCUUAAGCUAAAACAACGGAGCCAGCAGUAGCAAUCAGAGCGGACGCAGGUAAACAGAUAAGAAAACAGACGGAGACACAGAGAAAUAGGCGCAGGUGUUAGCGAAGCAGCAGCAACAUCAUCAACAACUACAACAAUAUCAGGAGCAGUUACAGUGUAAAACAUGUCCGAAAUCAUCAUGAACAUUGACAGCAUUAUCUCGCGUCUGUUGGAAGUACGUGGUGCCCGUCCAGGCAAAAAUGUGCAAUUAUCGGAGAGUGAAAUACGGAACUUAUGCUUAAAGUCGCGUGAAAUAUUCCUAUCGCAGCCGAUACUAUUGGAACUGGAGGCUCCGCUCAAGAUAUGCGGUGACAUACACGGACAGUAUUACGAUCUGUUGCGUCUGUUCGAGUACGGCGGUUUCCCACCAGAAUCGAACUAUCUAUUCCUUGGCGACUAUGUGGACCGUGGCAAGCAAUCCCUAGAGACGAUUUGCCUUCUAUUGGCAUACAAAAUAAAAUAUUCAGAGAAUUUCUUUUUGCUGCGCGGGAACCACGAAUGCGCAAGCAUCAAUCGUAUCUACGGGUUCUACGAUGAAUGCAAGCGACGUUAUACCAUAAAGCUGUGGAAAACAUUCACAGAUUGCUUCAACUGUCUGCCCGUGGCUGCGAUUGUUGAUGAGAAAAUCUUUUGCUGUCACGGUGGCCUGAGUCCCGAUUUGUCCUCAAUGGAGCAAAUACGCCGCAUUAUGCGACCCACGGAUGUGCCCGAUCAGGGUCUGUUAUGCGAUCUCUUGUGGUCUGAUCCCGACAAGGAUACCAUGGGCUGGGGCGAAAAUGAUCGUGGCGUAAGCUUCACAUUUGGAGCAGAGGUUGUCGGCAAAUUUCUACAGAAGCACGAAUUCGAUCUUAUAUGUCGUGCACAUCAGGUUGUCGAGGAUGGCUAUGAGUUCUUUGCCAAGCGCCAGCUGGUUACGCUCUUUUCGGCGCCCAACUAUUGCGGUGAAUUCGACAAUGCGGGUGCCAUGAUGUCCGUGGACGACACAUUAAUGUGCUCCUUUCAGAUUUUGAAACCCGCCGACAAGCGACGAUUUGUUUAUCCAAACUUUGGCAGCUCAGGGCGUCCGUUAACACCGCCACGCGGCGCAAACAAUAAGAAUAAGAAAAAAUAAGCGGCAAACAAAAAACAGCAACAAUAAUUUACAACAAAGCACACACAGAAUCAAUUCAAUGCGCAGAAAUGUUUGUUUUUAAUCGAAUAUGUGUAAUCGAAUCGUGAGCAACGUUUUUAAGGAUAUGAAACUUAGCCUAUUAUCAUUUGAAAUGCGCAAAAGCGAAAUACUAAAAAGCCAAUUCAUAUAUACACACACACUUACAUACACAUACACAUACACAAAUUGAGACACUUUAGUUCAAACUACUUGCAGUGUUAAACACUGCAUAAGCAAGAAUAUCUCUUAAUGUAUUAAUUUUAUUUUGUUAUAGUUUUUCCUUUGCGCAAUGCAAACACAAACAUAAACACAUACAGACAUACACACAUACACGCACACACACAUACAUGCAGAAAGCUGAAGCUAAAGUAGGUACGAAAAGUGUACGCACACUCCAAUUGUAUUUUUUGCAUUUUCAAAUAUCGCACAGCAUUUGUUUUUUCUUUCGGUUCUUUGCAUAGCACAACAGCCAGGGAAGGGAUUAUCCCCUUUGAGUAUAUAUUAAUGUUUUUUAAUAUAGCGAAUGGUAAAAUGUUAUUUUUAUAAUUAUUUGUGAAUUUUAAUCAAUGCUUUUGAUAUGUGUGUGAGUUGAAUGCAUAUGCCCUGUAUAAGUAUGUACGUAUUCUUAGCGCGAUUAUAUAUAUAUAUUUUUUUUAACUAUUAUUCAUCAUUAAAACUCUACUACAUGUUUACUUAGUUUUAAAGCAAAUGCAAAUUUAGCU